AUGUUCCAAACCAUGUCUCCUGCCCCAACACCAACGUCUGCCGAGCCUGCCCCACACCCCUCCGCAUUGCCCCCGUCCACCCACGAUGUGCCCAGCACAACGCAGCAAAGCAACGAUACACAUGACGAAGAACUCUCGGCAUCAAAAGUCAAGCCGCAACGAAAGCCUCUACUUCGUCUUGAGCUUCGGGAUCUCUCAUCAGACGGCUCACGCGCGUUCCUCCGCCUCGUACACGCCUCCUCGGCUCUCGAAUCUGCAGUAAAUACUGUACUUCGCCUACUCUACACCAAUGUCGAAAAGUCAUGUAUACCUCCGACUCGUUCCAUCACGCUAGUGAUACGAGACAUGGAUGGUGUAGCCUACACAACUGGUCUCGACAUCGAUGACGAUCACAAAGAGAUACACUUCAGCACCAAGUACAUUGAGCAUGUUACAGAGUCACGGCAGAAAGAGGAAAUCAACGGGGUUCUUUUACACGAGAUGGUACACUGCUGGCAACACCACGGCGGCAACACUGCACCUGGAGGCUUGACAGAAGGCGUCGCCGACUGGGUGCGCCUGAAGGCAGGCUAUGCACCACCUCAUUGGAGACGUAGAGGCGAUUGCGAUUGGGAUGCAGGAUACGAGCGCACUGCCUACUUUCUCGAGUGGUUGGAAAGAGAGCACGGUGAAGAUAUAGUACGGAAGAUCAACCAAGCGCUGCGGGGCUGCAGGUACGAUGCUAAGAAGUUGUGGCAUGACUGCUGUGGGAAGAGCAUCGAGGGGCUCUGGGAAGAGUACAAAAAGAGCCUCGAUUGUGAUGAUGGCGAAAGCAAAGCAACAUGUACAGAUGCCGGGAAGGCAGAAGAGUCGACACACAAAGAGGAAGAAAAGCAGGAAGACGAGCAGGAAGGGAAGCAAGCAGAAAGGCAGCAGAGCCAAGAAGGGCCAACAGAGCCGGCAGAAGACCACAUGACACCACGCGAGAAAGCACGACGGGGCGGUAACAUGAUGGUGCCAGUGCGCCCUGGUGCGCUGUGA